AUGUUGAAGUAUACCCCACAGUGGUCAGACAGACAGGAGUUUUAUGCAGCUUUCAUUCACUGCCCAUUUCUCGUGAAACUCUCUUCCUACAUCACACUCUCUCUUUUCCUUUCUUUCUCUUCCCAACGACAAUCUAUCUUCUCUCUUUUCUCAAUCAUCCGUGAACCACACUUUACUACACUACUAAAUAUCAUUCUACUAUUCUCUCUCAUUUCAUCUCUUCCAUUUCCUCACACCAAAGAGGUUACAACUUUUCAGCUACAAUCACUUUCACUUAUCUCAUCUUCUGUUACAAAGUCUGAAAGAUUCUAA